AUGACACGCCAACGCCUUGGCGAUCCAGUCUUGCUGGAAAAGAUCGACCUGCCUCAACUGGUUGUUGUGGGUGUCAAUCCAGUGGAAAGAGCUCUGUCCUCGAAGGCCUCACCAAGCUUCCCUUCCCAAGAGACAGUGGGCUUUGUACGCGAUUCGCAACCCAAAUCAUCUUUCGCAGAUCCAAUGCAAGCACCCACAGGACCAUCACCGCCUCAUUGGUUCCUGCUCAUGACUGAUCCGGAGCAUACUGCUCGCCUGAGAUCAUGGAAGACGGCGAAGAUGGAGGCUCUCGAUGCCGAAUCGUUUCCCGCAACCAUGCAGGAGGUGAGACUCCGAAUCUGUGGCCCCGAAAAAGACCAUCUGAGUGUGAUUGAUGUACCGGGUAUCUUCAAGAACACUACCACGGGUCUUACCACCAAGGAGGACAUCGAAUUGGUGAGAGACAUGGUGUUCGGCUACAUGAAGAACCCUCGUUCUAUCAUGCUCACUGUCAUUCCCGCGAACGUGGACAUCGCCACGCAGGAGAUCCUGGAGAUGGCGCGGGAGUCCGAGAAGAAAGUCAUCGAUUCGAUCGAAGGCAGGGCCUCUGUUCUGAAGCUCGGAUGGGGUGUUGUGCGCAACCCAGGGCAGCAACAGUUGCUCGACCAGAAGGAGGACCCGGAUUUUGCCAAAGUCAAAUUCUUUCGUGACAACUCUCCAUGGGAUUCUCUGGACAAGCACAAGACUGGAAUUUCCUCGCUCAGAAGUCGACUGCAGGCGGUGCAAAUGUUCUGGGGAGACUCUGACAUGGAAGACGGAAAGAAUCCCUUUGCUAAAAAAGAGGGUGAUCCCGACAGACUUCCUGUUCGCAAGACAAACACGGCCUUGGGAUGUGAUGCCAUGCUCGAGGGCAUUUUGCACGACCAAGAGACUCUCCCCAGACCGAGCGAUGACGACAUUCUCAUCUGGAUCGAGAAGUUGUAUCACGCGCCUCGCCAGUCGGCCCGAUGGAGCGACCUUGCGCUGGGAUACGUCAGUGAUGUGAUCGCCAUCAUCCACAAUUUCAUCGUCAAGGUUCUUCAGGCUACGUGCCCCGAUGAGCAGAUCCGGUUGGGUCUCUGGGCUGCCGUGACCGACGAUCUGUCGCAAAGGUAUCGGGAUGCGAUGGCCCACGCUAAUUUCAUCCUCAAUGGUAACAUCAAGCAGACCGUCCGGUAUAUCCAUGAUAUCCUCAAGGCCUACUACGAGGUGGCAUCCAAGCGAAUUGUGGACAAUGUGUGCAUGCAAGCCACCAUUUGUCACCGGGUUGAAGCGCAGUUGAUGGAGAUAGCCAGGGAGGACGUGGGGCUCAACCGCCGACGCAAGCAAUUGCGCCGGGAGAUGGAGGAGUUGGAGGCGGGGCGAAAGAUUCUGCUCAUCGCCACGCGCCCUGAACCCACAAUCGAUUUCGUGUCACCAAAUUCGCACCCAGACAUCCCCGAACAAUCGCAGAGACCACGUCGACUGGACCUCCCGUCGACAUCCCCUGUUCCCUCCUCCAAAUCGGAAUUCUCUUAUCACCCGGCUCUUCCGUCGCGGUCAACCGAGAUUCUGCGCGUCUCACCCUCGGAGCACAUGAGCAGACUUUGGCAAUCUUUCAUUCAAGAUGAUGUCGAGGGCUUCCGACAGUUCCUGGCGAACGCGACGUUUGCGGGACCGCGAACGACUGCAUCCAGCGGUACCGGCGCCACGGCAAACUUGUCUAAGAUGGCAAGCCCUGGGGCAAUGAUCGCCUCAUCGCCGAACCCGCCGAAAUCUAAGAAGAGUGCGCCCUCGCCAGGAAGCUCUGCGCCGGAGCGGCCAGGCUUUCCACGAAGCAACACGACCUUGUCGCGCGCCGAUGUCAACGCACGGGAUCACUACGGCAGGACGCUGCUGCACCAUGUUGCCUCGUCUCCGAAACCCACGGCCACUCAUUUCGCACUCGCGCUGCUCGAAAUUCCAUUCCUGGAUAUCUACGCCCAGGAUUGGGAAAGUGGGUGGACGGCUUUGCAUCGAGCCCUCUAUGCUGGCAAUGCCACCAUUGCGCAGGCAUUGCUGGCGCGCGACAUGCACGAUGCGACCGACUUCAAUAAAUUGGGAAACGUGAAUCAUCCGAGUGGGAACUUGAUCAAGAUCAAGGAUCGAGAGGGCUACAGCCCCUUUGAUGUCUAUGGUGCCACCAUUACAUCUCGCGAUAUCAAGCAGGUGACAGCGAAAUUGCCAGGUUUUCUGACUGCGGACAAUAUUGGAAGUGAUACUGCCUCCAAUACUGCUUCAAAUUACGGAGACGGUUAUGAGGAUGAAGUCUACGUCUCCCGAAGUGCCCUGAAACCACGCAUGGAUCUUUCAGCUGAUGAAGUAUUCACUUUGGGAAGCAACAAAAAUCUGAGCUUGGGCCUGGGAGACCAGGACGAUCGGCAGUAUCCCGAACGCGUUGCCUUGAAGCGCCCGGAACACCUUCUACAACGAUUUUACCGCGAAUACCAGGAACACAUGGAGCGUCUUGGACUGGAAGACACUCUCGGUCAUGUUAACUCCAAAGACCUGCCAACUCUUAUCCAAAACAGGCAUCUGAAGUUCCAGGACAUUGUCAUGUCGAAAUUGCACACCGCUAUCCUCACAACGGACCCCGAGGCCAACCUCUUCAUGUCUGGGUUUGGACCUGGCGGGCGCCUGGGAACAGGUGACGAAUCGACUCGCUUCAGCUUUGUCUGCAUUGAAACGGGUGGACUGGCUGGCAAGAAAGUUGUGUCGGUUGCCCUGGGCCAAGACCACAGUCUGGCUAUCACCGAGUAUGGUGAAAUCUUCAGCUGGGGGAGCAACAAAUUCGGGCAGCUUGGGUACAGCCUCCCGAGAACCAGCAACCGAAAUGAUGUCCCAAUUCAGACGACGCCGCGGCAGAUAUUCAAUCCCUUCAAGAAGGAGACACUCUUGGGGGCUGCGGCUUCUGCGAUUCACUCGGUAGUAUUUAAUACUUCGGGUCUCUACACCUUUGGCAAAAAUGAAGGCCAGCUUGGUCUCAUGGACUCGGAUGCUCGUUCGCUUGAGGUCCAGGUCACUCCUCGACGCGUCGGUGCCUCCCUCUUCAACUGCCCCAUUCAGAUGGUAUCUGCAAUCGACCGUGCAACGGCCAUUUUGCUGCAAAACAAUGAGGUCUGGGUGUUUUCCCAAUAUGGAUACUCGAAAGUGUCAUUCCCCCUGGAGGUGAGCUCGCGCUUCAUCCGCGACAGUUUUAUGACCACGCGCUACGAUGCUUCCGUCAAUCAUGUCGUCAAGCUCGCUUCUGGUGGCAGUACAAUUUGUGCAUUGGCUAGUUCAGGUGACGUCUUCACGGUUCAAGCCAACAAACCAGAAAAUUCUUCGGCCCUGGCAUCCACGACUAAUCCAGCCAAGAUUCGCAAUUCUUUGGCGGCCCCCGUUCGGGCGUGGUCAGUAAAGAAAUCCCACAUGGCCGCCAGCGAUGUUGAUGUAGGGCAAGACGGCUCCAUUAUCAUCUGCACGACAUCGGGAUCGGCUUGGAGAAAAGAAAAGCGAGUUAAGAAUAAGGAAGGUGCCUCGAAAGAAUACAAAUUUGCUCGUAUACCGGGUCUUUCGAGUGCUGUGGCAGUACGAAGCAAUGCCUUUGGGGCAUACGCUGUCGCUCAGCGAGACUGUGAUGUGACCAGAGAACAGGUUCACGUCGAACAAAGUACCCUUUGGGAUGACCUCUUACCGCUCUCGCCGUUUACAACGCCUGGGCCAGAAGACAUCGAGUCGAUUCUUGAUGGAAAUACCGCAAGUGACCCGAUUGCGCUCUCUUCCACCUUGUCCAUUAAAAGAGCUAUACUCUCUGCCGCAAAUAUCGAAGAUCAAUUUCUUUCUUUGCGGUCUGGAGGAACUGUUUGGGCCACGAGCUCCCUGUCAGAUGCUCGCAUACCUGUCCAUGAGUUUCUCUUGAUGGGCCGCAGCCCCGUUCUCAAGGAUCUGCUUCAAGAGUUUCGGCAAUCAUGCUACGCAUCUAUACCAGAUGUCCUGGACAUUGAGUACGGAAAAGACGGGCACACCCAAAUCCGACUUCACGGAGUGGAUUUUGUGACCGUUCUGAAUUUGGUCUUUUUCCUGUACACUGAUAGCAUUCUCGAUGUGUGGCAUCAGGUGCGGAGCUCGCCCCAAAAUACAACCCGGUUCCGCCAGGUUCGCACCGAAGUUAUGAGAGUUGCCACGCAGCUUGGUCUUCCAACCCUGGAGCGGGCCGCAAGAUUGAUGGUUGAGCCGCAACCGAGUUUGAAGACUGACUUGGCACGCGCGAUCAAUCAGCCUUCCUUCUUUGACAAUGCGGACGUGGUUGUCCAGCUCAACGGGGAAAGUAUCAAAGUCCACAGCCAAGUGAUUUGCCAGAGGUGUCCUUUUUUCGAUGCCCUGUUCCAUGGCCGCUCGGGUGGAAAGUGGUUAGCCAUGCGCCGUAUCAAUCCAGGGGAGAGCGUUCAUGUCGAUCUCAAACACGUUGACCGAUCGACGUUUGAUUUUGUCUUGCGUUACUUGUACGCAGAUAUGGAGGAGCAUUUGUUUGACGAAGUUCGAACCAAGGAUCUUGAUGAUUUUGUGGACUUGCUUCUGGACGUGAUGUUCGUGGCAAACGAGUUGAUGAUCGACCGACUAUCGCAAGUUUGCCAAAAGAUGCUCGGCCGAUUUGAUCUGGACGAGGAUAUCCUCCGUGAGCUCGACGCGGUCUGCCAUGAGAACCAGCUCUCAUGCUUUCCUAUUUCUAGAGGACGAAAUUCCGAAGAUUAUAUCUUCGAGAAAUACCCAGAGAUAGUCAGUUCUGUUGAGACGGAUAGGCAACGAAGGAUUGAUGCAAUGACCUUGCAAACCCGAGUCAACCAGGUUGAAUCUUACAAUGUGCGACCACGAGCCGCCCCGAGUGAGAAGGCCAUUGCUUCCCCGACGGCCCGCAAGGGGAAGGGCAUCGCCUCUCGAGAUGUCUCCAACGCUGCUCUGAGCCCGGUUUUGAGGCCAAGAAAGUCCACUAGUGACUUGAUGUUUCAAAUGGAUGAGGAGCCCGCGUUGUCAAUCGUUGAUUCGAUGAAAGGGAAGAGUGCGAUGCGCUCACCGAGACCAGGAGAAGGCAUGCGUGAGAAUCGAUCCUACCCCGACUCCCCUGCUCUGACAGGAAGCAUUCCAGAAGCCGAGUCCCUUGGGGAUGGAGGCUUUUUGGAUGAGCAGAUGUCUUUGCCGCAGGAGACAUUGCUAGCGGAAUCGCCGUCGGAAUCUCGAGCCAUGACCCUGAACCAAAAGCGGGCGCUCGCAUCCCCACCAGGCCCUUCACCGGCACCCUGGAGCUCACCUGCUAUCUCGAACUCUAAGAAGGACCUCAAGGACAUCAUGGGCGAAACAUCGCAGUCCCGCGUAUCGAAUCUCACCUUGGGAAUGGCUGAUCGUCGCGAAAGCAGCGGCAGCUUUGCAUCCAAGCCGUCCCAGAAAGAGCGGAAGAAGAUGCAGCAGCAGCAGAUGCAAGAGAUGCUGGAUGCAAAGCAACAAGCGAAAGAAGUACCGCGAAAUCCCUGGCAGAUACCCGCGCCAGCCUCAUCCGCGACGCCAGGCAAACUUGACCCUCUGCCGGGUCAAAGUGGGCCGAGCACUCCUACCUCGGAACCAGCCAAGGCCGUCCAGAAACCCGCCAUGACUCUUCGCCAGACCGUGGCGGGGACGCCGCCGCGGUCGAAGCCAGUAGCUACCCCCCAGCAAACACAAAAGCGCAGCGUCUCGGGCAAUAUCAAGCAGUCUCCGUCCCUUUCCAAGACCCCUACCUCUGGGCCCUCGACACCUCCGCAGCCCACCCAACCGUCUACUUCCCCACAGCCAGCCAUCCAGUCAAUUCGCCACAUCCCACGCCCAGACCCCAACGCACCAGGAUCACGCUCACCAUCCCACAGCUCAUUGUCCCUCGCGACCAUCCUGCACCAGCAGCAAAGCGAGAAAGACGAAAUCCGCGAAGCUGCCACGGCUAAACACAAUCUGCAAGACAUCCAGGCCGAGCAGGAGUUCCAGCAGUGGUGGGAUCAAGAAAGCAAGCGUGUGCAAGGGCUCAUCGAGCCUGAUUCGGAUCAGCAGCCUCGUGGAGGGAAAUCCGGGCGAGGUGGAAAGGCACCUGGCGCCGCUGGCAGCUCACGCAAGCGACGGGGCAACAAGAAACCUGCUCCUACAGCUGCUGAUGACUCCUUUACUUCCAAGGCCCACAAGUCUCUAUCUGGCCCAGCCCCUGGUCAUUCUACACCUAAAAAAGACACGAAUGGCCAUGCUCCGGUACAGACCCAGCGCACCUCGAGUGGGAACCAUGCCAGCGGCUCUAGUCACAACGCUCGUCGUGGUGGACACGGGAAUCAGCGCGGUAAGGGGAGAGACCGGGGAUAA